CAGUCAGCCCUACCAAAAGGUGCAACACUCCUUGGGACCAUCUUAUCAUCUGACAAGACGAAUGUAUCGACCAUGACGGGCGACAGAGUUGCACAUCCCCUUCUCGUUAGCCUUGCUAACAUACGCAUGUCUACCCGACUCAAAUCGUCUUCGAAUGCCUUUGUCCUUACUGCUCUACUCCCCGUCCCAAAAUUCAUCUACAAGAAGAAACACAUGCGAGGUGUACUUGAGGAUCGCCUCAUUCACGAAUGCUUGGAUAUAGUUCUACGUCCACUCAAGGUAGCCGCCCACGAAGGGGUCAUGCUGUCAGAUCCUAUCGGACACAGUCGCUACUGUUUCACACCGCUCGCAAGCUAUAUUGUUGACACCCCGGAGGCCAUGAUGCUGGCUGCUGUUGGUGGGAAAACCUCUCCAGUUACUAUGGCCAUGUAUAAACAGUUUGGAGAUUCUUUCCGUCACGAACCUCGCACACGAGCAACUACACUCUCCCAGCUGGCUACUGCACGGAGUAAGUUGAUCCCGAUGACAUCGAGGCUUUUUCCGUGA